AUGGAGGCUCAAGCCAUUCAAAAUCUCGAAGCAUGGUUCCUCUCCAAAGGCGGGUGGUAUCACCCCAACCUGCGCUUCGAGCAUACAGCCUCCACUGGUCUCUCCCUCUUUGCAGCAUCGGACCUUCCCGAGGCAUCAGUAGUGGUGGAGAUGCCCCGCGAGCUCGCCCUCUCCCCCUUUGUCUGCCGCAAGAAGGUUCUGUCUACCUUCAACUCAGAGAAAGUCAGGGAACCAGACUUUGAGCUACCCGCAGAUUGGAUCGUUCUCUUCCACUUUCUCGCCCGUUCCUUGGGCCCAACUCUCGAGCAGCAGCAGGGUUCCUCUUCUUUUUCUUCUGCAGCUGCCACCUCGGCUCAGACUACAAGCGGCAGCAGUAGCAGUGAUGGCAAGCACGCAGAGCUACCCCUCUUUACACACCAGCCCUACAUUCAUGCUCUUCCCCGCACCAUCCUCACCCCGACGACAUAUAACGAGUCGGAGCUCUCCUUGUUGCGGGCAACACCCCUGAAUGGAGAUGCAAUCGAACGCAGGGCAAAGUAUCGCAAGUCUCUCGCUGAGGCUAUGCGCUGGUUAAGAGAGAUCGUCAAGGCCUGGGAAGAGGAGCAAGGGUCGGGAAGCAAUGCAGAAGGAGACGAGCUGAUGCGGCAAGCAAAGUUGCUCGCCGAGCCAGAGCAGGAAGAAGCUGUCUUCGAGGAAUGGGUGUGGGCUUACGCCGCAUACUCUAGUCGUGCCUUCCCACCUGUAAUGGUCUCAUCGCCAGAGGAACAAGUGCCCCGCUCCCUUGUCGGACCAGUCCUCCUUCCAGGGAUGGACAUCUUUAACCAUGCCCGCGGUGUACCCGUGACCUGGACCUACCCUUUCCUCCCCAACUUCAAUUCCUCAAAGCAUUCAUCGUCUUCAACAUCAGCGCAGCCAGAGGUUGACAACGGAGAGACGCACCGGAGAAGAGGUGUCGCUCUGGAGCUAGGCUAUCGCGUCCCCGCUGGUGAGCAAGUGUUCAAUUGCUACGGAGGCAAGUCGAACGAAGAGUUCCUCUGCGGCUACGGCUUCGUCCUCCCAGAGGGGGCCGACGAUCAGCUUACGCUCGUACUCGGCAGCGACAAUGAAAGCGGCAGCAGCAAAGGUGGCACCAAGACGGAGCGAAAAGGUGUAGACAUGCACGGCAUUAUGGCCGACUCCGACCUCGAGACGGUUCAGCCUACGCAGAGCGUCAGUGGCUCAAGUACGCCGAAUCUGGCUCUCGCAGCUGCGCGUCCAUGGGGCAGCAAGCACUACUGGCGUAUCGUCCACCCUUCCUCUUCCGAAAAGGGUGGCGCACCUGCUGGUCUGCUAAUGGAGUUGAGGGAGAGACUCAUCAAGGCCGAUAUCGACGAGGCCAUAGCGGCGGGGGAGGGACAUGGCGCUGAGCCUCCUGGUAUUCAGCUCUCCUGGCUGCUACGACCCCAUUUCGCUACUCCACCUUCGCCGCCGGAGGUCACAGCUGAUAGUGAUGAGCGUCUAGAAGCUUUGAGGCUGGAUGGAGAGGUGCUAGAGGCUCUUGAGGGGUUGCUUUGUGCGAAACGAAAGGCGUUCAAGACGGUGCAGAAGGAGGUGGACGCGUAUGGUGGGGUACCACGGGGUGUGAGGGCAGAAGUCUUUGAGAUGGUUGCGAUCUACAGGAGAGGUCAAGCUACCAUCCUCGAGCAAGCGAUCGAGUGGACUCGCGCACAAAUGGAUACCCUCGUCGACAUGAUUGACGAGCUCGAGGAGAACAUGGAGCAAGAACUGACGUGA